AUGGACGCACUAAAUAAUGUGGACAACGAUUAUGUCAGGCCUGUUACUAACGCCUAUCAAUCAUCUUACCUGGGGAACUUUGAUUUUGGCGACGCCAAUUCUCCUCUAAUCCACCAAUCUCACACUCCAAAUUUCCUUCUUUCCGUCUCCAAUGAUGUCGAUGGGAUGUUCACGAAUACUGUGAAUUAUGACUAUGCAUCAUAUCAGGACAAUCCCUCAGUUCCUCAUUUCUACCCGGAUAACAGUACCGCUGUAAAUGGGCAGUUACGUUCACCGAAUUUCGAUCAAGCCGAAACUCACGCAGACAGCUCUUGUCCGCUCCCAGUACCUUGUCAAACAUUCUGUGAAUCUUAUUCCGAUGUGACAAACGACAAUCCGACAGAUAAUUAUUUUCAACGUCUCGGUGCUAGUACGACUAGCGAUUCAUCUGUCUCUUACAUACUUACGCAAGAGCCCACAAACUUUGGGUACGUUUUUAUGAAAGUAGAGUAUACUCAAUUAGGCAGAAUAGCUGCUGCUGAUGUUGACAAAAUUUUAGCUCUACUCAAAUGUGAGAAAUAA